AUGAAGGUGUGUUACUCAAUGCGCAAAGGCCCGUUGUCUAGGAUUUCUAAAUUAUGGAAGCUGUUUUACAUAAGGAAGUAUUUGAAUAAAAAGUAUAAGGAAAGGGAAAGAAGGAAAAAAAAAGAGGAAAGUUAUGAGCGUAAUAAAGGUGAGAAGAGUGUUAAGAGCAAGUGGAAUGAGGAGAAGGGGAAUGCGUCAAUUCGGGGUAACAAUAUGGUAACGUUCGAAAGUUUAGGAGUAGAAGAAUGGUUGAUAAAGAUAAGUAAGAGCGUACAUAUAGUACAUCCGACCAAAAUUCAACGCUUAUGUUUGCCUCUUAUCAUUGAAGGUAAAAAUGUAAUUGGUUCGUCUGAAACUGGUACAGGUAAAACGAUAUGCUAUUGUUGGAGUAUUUUACAAGAAUUAAAUAAAAAUUUUUUUGCAGUUUUUGCGUUAAUAUUAGUACCAACAAGAGAGUUAGUAUUUCAAAUAGUUGAGCAAUUUCAUUUAUAUGGGACGAAAAUAGGUGUUAAGGUAUUGUCAUGCAUUGGAGGUUUUUCUCUAAUAGAACAAAGAAGUAUAUUGUUAAGUAAACCACAUAUUGUUGUUGGUACCCCAGGUAGAGUAAGUGACCUAUUAUAUAACUGUGAGGAUAUAAUAAAAUGUUUUAAAAGGUUACGAUAUAUUGUUUUGGAUGAAGCGGAUUUACUUUUGCAAAAGUGUUUUGAAAGUAAAUUAAAAAUUAUUCUUGAUAGUAUUCCUAAAAGUAGUAAUAAUAGCGAAAGGAAAACUUUAUUUUUUAGCUCAACUAUUACUGAUGCUUUACAUUACAUAAAGGAAGGUUUUCCAAAUGAUAACCUUCUCCUCGUUAAUGCAAAUAAAAAGCAAAAACCAGUGAAAAAUUUAGAUCAACGUUAUAUAUAUAUUGAUGACAUAGCACAAAUAACUUAUUUAGUAUAUAUUUUAAAAAAUAAAUUAACCGAUCAAUCUGGAAUUAUAUUUACAGCCAAUAGUUAUAAAUGUGAACUGAUAUACACAGUUCUAAAUAUGUUAAAUCAUUUCUCCGUCGAAUGCUUACACUCAUCCAAAGAACAAAAAAAAAGAAUGUCAUCCUUAUCAAAAUUUAAAAACGGGAUGUGCAAAAUUUUAGUAGCAACAGAUAUAAUUAGCAGAGGAAUAGAUAUACCCAAAAUUUCUUUUGUAAUAAAUUUUGAUUUCCCGAAUGAUACGGUUAAGUAUAUACAUAGAGUAGGUAGAACUGCCAGAGCAGACAGAAAAGGGCUAGCCAUAUCAUUUAUCGACAAAAAAGAUAUAAAAUCCUUUAACGAGGUUAAAAAAAUUAUGAAACAUAAGUUAAAGCCUUAUGUAUUGAACAAAGCACUUGUUCUUAAACAUAUGUUCAAAAUUGGAAGAGUCAUAAAAAAAGCAGAAAUGCAACUAGAAGAACAGAAAGAUGUUAAAAAGGAAAAUGAAAAAUUGAAACAGUUCAUUUAUCUUAACGAGUGA